AUGACCAUAACUGUGAUCAAGACGUCAGCAAAAAAGAGGAGGAUAGUUCCUCUUACCAUAGGCGCAUGGAAUGUGCGCACACUACUUGACAACGACACAUCUGAUAGACCACAAAGACGAACUGCACUAGUAGCCAGGGAGCUCCACAGAUACAACAUAGACAUAGCAGCACUAAGCGAGACUCGGCUUGCAGAUGAAGGUGAACUCUGCGAAAGAGGAGCUGGAUAUACUUUCUUCUGGAGCGGUAGAAGCACUGAAGUACGAGGUGAAUCUGGAGUUGGCUUUGCUAUAAAAACAUCAAUAGUAUCUAAACUAGUCGGGCCUCCCAAAGGAAUAAGUGAUAGGCUCAUGACCCUAAAGAUGCCUUUACAAAACGGAAAGAAACAUAUUUCCAUUGUUAGCUGUUACGCACCCACCAUGACUAACCCAGAUGAUGUCAUAGCAAAGUUUUACGAAGAACUAAACUCCACCUUGCUUAAUAUUCCAAAAACAGAAAAGCUACUCAUUCUCGGUGACUUCAACGCAAGAGUCGGCUCUGACCAUCACAUCUGGAAAGGUGUCUUAGGUAAAUUUGGGAUAGGUCAAUGCAACAGCAAAGGAUUAUUACUACUCCAGACCUGUGCUGAACACAAGCUGCUCAUAUCGAACACAAUAUUCAGUCUUCCAAUGAGAAAGCGAACUUCCUGGAUGCAUCCCCGCUCAAGACACUGGCACCUCAUAGAUUACGUCAUCACCAGACAAUCUGACCGUCUGGACAUUCGUGUCACCAAAUCUUGCUGUGGUGCAGAGUGUGGAACAGACCAUCGCCUCAUCAUCACAAAACUAAACAUUCGUAUCCAACCAAAGAGACGUCCGCAAAAAUCAAAACCCCUAAAAAGGCUAAACACGGCCAGCUUAGCAGAUGACAAAACUGAAAAGUCGAUUGCAGAUGCAAUAGAGAACUGCCUUAAGUCCACCGUUCUAACUGAAUCAAAUGUAGAUAAAAGCUGGGAAUGCUUCAAAGAAGCUAUCUAUAGCACAGCAUUAAACAUACUCGGUCCUAUGGAGAGAAAGCAUCAGGACUGGUUUGAUGAAAACAGUAUUGAGAUCAGAAAACUAUUAGACGAAAAGCACAAGCUCCACAAAUUGUGUCUGAACAACCCCAAUCCUUGCACGCAUCCUUCUAAAUCGGCUUAUGCAACACAUAGAAUAUGGUCUACUACCAGAAAGCCAGUGCGGCUUCAGAAAAGAGCCGUGGAACCAUUGUCAUGA